AUGGUUUCUUUCAUCAUAAUAUCUCAUUGUGCUCGCACUGGGUACGUGGCUAGCGAGGAUUGCUUGGACGAUGAGCUGGCUGUCAGGGUGCUGCGCUUAUUGCGACUGCUUGAUUCUCGGCGUUUGCGCGUCCUGACAAACGGCUGCGGAUGUGCCAAUGACCUGAAUUCUACUGCUGGUGUCCGAUUAGAAUUGGCGAUGCUUCGCUUUUUUGGUCAAUUUCACCAAAUGUAUCUCGGUGAAAACUCAUGCAGGCCUUCAAAGCUUAAACUAUCUUUCGCUAUUGCUUAUAUUCUUAUGUCUGUAGCACUUGUUGGCGCCAAUUCCUCUAAACUAAGAUUUAUGGAGGAUUAUAUAAUGGCCUGCAUUCAUCAAAUCUGA